AUGAAAAUAAAGAAAAAAGAAAGAAAUUUUGACAAAUUCAAACCAUAUAUAAGUGUUGUUUCUCUGUCACAGGAUAUAUCUUCUAACGGCACAAAAAAAAAAAACAAACAAAAGAAAAAAGAAUAUUAGAGCUUAUUAAUGAAACUGAAUUAGAAUUAUAUAGUCUUGGACGUGCAGUUAUGAAAGAUAGAAAUAAUUUUAUUGCUAAUAGUUAUUACUUAGUAAUUUAUUUUUUUUAUAUAUGUUUUUAUGUCAAAGCUUGCAUUGAUAUGCAAUAUGCAUAUACAUUGUAUUAAGAUUUCCAAAAGGCUCAAGAACAUUUAAUUCUUAUUGAUUAUUUGCAUCUUUUAUAUCUUGUUACUCCUUACGAUUUAAUAUCUCGAAUAAAACUAACAGGAUUAAUUUAUUAUGAUGUGAUGUGAUCCACAGAUCUUAUGUAACACUAGUAUACGCUAUAGUACAAAAAUACGAAAUAAAUAGAGGUAUUGUACAAAAUCUUUUGACUGCUGUAUCAUCGUUUGCAUCUUCUGUGAUUCGAUUUUAUCAGGAAUUGGAUGAAUUUUGGGUAUUUAAAGAUUUAUUAAAUAUGUUUAGCAAAAGAUUAUCAUAUCGUUGUCCUCUGAAAUUAGAGGCAUCGAUGGAUUUUCCUUUAAUAAAAAUUGUAAGAAUAUUUUUUCGCUUACAAGCUAAAGUAAUAAUUUAUUUGAAUUGCAAUAUUAUUCCGUUUUAUAGGGUAUAGUCAAUUGUACAACGCGGGGUUUAGAACAGUACAGAUUAUAG